UCUUGUGGUGUAGUUUGUGUCUCCCUUUUAGCGGUUUCUGCUAUUCCUUCUGUGCCUCGCAACCUCUUACAAUUCAGCAACAUGAUUAAAUGCACGAUCCCCGGCAGUAGACCUGUGUUGGAUUAUGCAAACUACGGUUGCUACUGUGGAUUCGGAGGCAGUGGGACACCGGUAGACCAGCUGGACAGGUGCUGCCAGACGCACGACCACUGCUAUUCUCAAGCCAAGAAACAUCCUGCGUGCAAGUCUCUCCUGGACAGCCCUUACACCAAGAUCUAUUCAUACACCUGUUCUAAAAGCAACGUCACCUGUGAAGACGACAACGAUGAGUGUGGUGCUUUUAUUUGCGAAUGCGACCGCUCGGCGGCCACCUGCUUCGCCGGGGCUCCUUACAACAAAGAAUACAAGAAACUGGACACCAGCAAAUAUUGCAACUGAUGUUUGAGAGACGUCAACAGCAAGGACUUUGGCAGAACUCAACGCGCGGGUGGCAGUUCUCCGGACGGGCCUUGCCCGGCUGUCCCUGGAACAAGAAAGGACCAAUGGCUGCCCCGGUGCA